AACUAAAUCUCGGCGCGACUCCGGACACACUCGAGCCUGAACAGAGGAGCUUCUGGCUGGACUUAAUCUCUCCUAACAGGACUCUCGGCUCCGUUCUUCACCCAGGCUUAUCGUAGCAGACGCGCUGAAGCCCGAGGCGCCUCGGCUGUGCCGCUUCGAAGCUUCACCUCCCCCCCGCGCUCAAACACUGCUCGGAAGACGAAGACACAGACGUCAGGAGCCGCCACCAUGGCCCCAGGAUUCAGUGCGUCACUGUGGUGAAAUAGGCAGAAGACAUGUUGGCACGGAGGGACGGGCACCACACUGAGAUUAGCCGUAGCAACCAUGGAGAUGGUGUGGAGGAGCUUGGCCUGCGUCGGGGUCAUGGCUGUGUUAACCUCGGGACUAGGAGCCAGCACUUUCGCUCAGGAGAGCCAAGCUGAGUUCCUGUCAGCUCUGGCCCACUAUGAGAUCGUCGCCCCUGUCCGGGUCGGCCCUCGGGGCGAGGCGCUGCCCGGCGCCCCGGUCAGGCACGGACGGCAGCGGCGGAGCACCGGUUCGAGACGGGAGGAGCCCGAGCGGCAGCUGUAUUACCAGGUGUCCACGUCGGGCGGCAGCCUCUUCCUGAACCUCACGCUGCAGAGCGGCCUGCUGUCCCGCCAGUUCCGGGUGGAGUACUGGAGGAAGGGCGGAGUGGCGUGCAGUCACCCGUACUCGCCCAGCUGCCAUUACACGGGUCACGUGCAGCACCAACCACAGUCCAGCGCGGUGGCUCUCAGUAUCUGUAACGGUCUGCAGGGCGUGAUCGUAGCUGGUGGAGAGGAGUACCUCAUCGAGCCUCUGGUCUCCGCUGAGAACCAAACUAGCCGAGAGGGCGAGGUGGAGCGCCCCCAUGUGGUGUACAAGCGAUCCUCUCUGCGACAUCUGUACAUGGAUCAGUCCUGCGGCGUCAUCGACGAGAAACCCAUCAAGAGCUCUGAUUGGUGGCAGAGAACCAUCAAACCGCCCUAUCAGAUGGGCCGCGGACAGCUUCCCCUGAAGCGCUCGGCCGGCCGCGAGCACUACGUGGAGACGCUGGUGGUGGCCGAUAAGAUGAUGGUGGGGUACCACGGGCGGCGGGACGUCGAGCAGUACAUCCUGGCCGUCAUGAAUAUUGUUGCCAAACUGUUCCAGGACUCUAGCCUGGGGAACACGGUCAACAUCGUGGUGACUCGACUCAUCCUGCUGAUGGAGGAUCAGCCGAUGCUGGAAAUCAACCACCACGCUGGAAAAUCUCUGGACAGUUUCUGUAGGUGGCAGAGAUCCAUCCAGCAGCGCCACGGUCACGGGAACGCCAUCCCCGAAAACGGCAUCGCCUACCACGACACGGCUGUUCUCAUCACCAGAUACGAUAUUUGCAUCUACAAGAACAAGCCGUGUGGGACGCUGGGUUUAGCUCCGGUCGGUGGAAUGUGUGAGCCGGAGAGAAGCUGCAGUAUCAAUGAGGACAUCGGUUUGGCCACGGCGUUCACCAUCGCUCAUGAGAUCGGACACACGUUUGGUAUGAAUCAUGACGGCGUGGGGAACGCGUGUGGAACCCGGAGUCAGGAGACAGCUAAGCUGAUGGCCGCCCACAUCACCAUGAAGACGAACCCGUUCAUCUGGUCGGCCUGCAGCCGCGAUUAUAUCACCGGCUUCCUCAAUUCUGGUUUGGGUUCGUGUGUGAGCAACGUUCCUCUGAAGCAGGAGUUCGUGUACCCCACCACCGCGCCCGGCCAGGUGUACGACGCCGACGAGCAGUGCCGCUUCCAGUAUGGGGUGAAAUCACGGCAGUGUAAAUACGGGGAGGUUUGCAGUGAGCUGUGGUGUAUGAGUAAGAGUAACCGCUGCAUCACCAGCAGCAUCCCGGCGGCUGAAGGAACCAUCUGUCAGACCAGCACCAUAGAAAAAGGAUGGUGCUACAAGCGCCUGUGCGUUCCGUACGGGACUCGACCUGAAGGUGUGGACGGUCAGUGGGGGGCGUGGUCCCCGUGGGAGGAGUGCAGUCGUACCUGUGGGGGCGGAGUCUCCUCCUCCGUGCGCCACUGUGACAGUCCCAGGCCUACGAUUGGAGGACGUUUCUGCUGGGGAGAAAGGAAGCGGUUCAAGUCCUGUAACAUUGAGGAGUGCCCCCCUGGUUCUCAGGAUUUUCGGGAGAUCCAGUGCUCAGAUUUUAACAGCGUUCCGUUCCGGGGGAAGUUCUACACCUGGAAGCCGUACAGAGGAGGAGGAGUGAAGUCGUGCUCCCUAAACUGUUUGGCGGAGGGUUAUAACUUCUACACUGAGCGUGCUCCGGCGGUGGUGGACGGGACGCCCUGUAGAGACGAUUCACCCGACGUGUGUGUUAACGGAGAGUGUAAGCACGUGGGCUGUGAUAAAAUCCUGGGCUCGGACGUGCGCGAGGAUCGUUGCCGUGUCUGCGGGGGCGACGGGAGCGGCUGCGAGGCCAUCGAGGGAAUCUUCAACGAUUCGCUGCCUGAAGGAGGUUAUGAGGAGGUGAUCCGGAUUCCUAAAGGUUCUGUGUUCAUACACGUUCAAGAACUAAACGUCUCUUCUAAUUAUUUAGUUCUGAAGAGUAAAUCUGAGCAGUACUUCAUCAACGGCAAACUGACCAUAGACACGCCCCGCCGCUUCGACAUCGCUGGCACCGUGUUCUACUACCGCCGACCUGCUGAUCAGCCCGAGACCAUCGAGGCCCUGGGGCCCACCAACAUCACCCUCAUCGUCAUGGUCCUGGUAAGGGAGGAAAACCCUGGCAUCCAUUACCGCUUCAACCCCCCCGUGAGCAGAGACACUCAAAGCAUCUUCACCUGGCACUACACGUCCUGGAGCCGCUGCUCUGUUACCUGCGCCGGAGGGAUUCAGAUCCAGCAGGUGGUGUGUAAGAAGCAGGCCGAUCACUCGGUGGUUUACAACCACUUCUGUGACAAGAAGAACAAACCCAAAGAGAAGAAGCGGGCGUGUAACACGUCACCCUGCCCUCCGACCUGGUGGGUGAGCGAGUGGUCCGAAUGCAGUCGCAGCUGUAGCGGAGGCGUCCGGACCAGGGAGGUGCUGUGCAAGAGGAAGAUCAGCUCCACAGAGGCCAAGGUCCUGGACGAUUCAGCAUGUUCUCCCUCUCGGCCGCCCGUCACGGAACCCUGCAACAACCGCACCUGCCCACCGGAGUGGCACGCGCUCGACUGGUCCGAGUGCACGCCGAACUGCGGUCCCGGUUACAGACAGAGGCCGAUCCUGUGCAGGAGCGGGGAGAGCGGCGACACCCUGGACGAGUCUGAAUGUACCGAACAGAACCGCCCCACCACCAGGAUGCGCUGUAACCUCCAGCGCUGUCCUCCUCCACAGUGGAUCACCGGCUCAUGGAGUGAGUGCUCGGCUAAGUGUGGCGUGGGGCAGCAGAAGCGCUCGGUGCAUUGUGUAUCACACACCGGUCAACCGUCCAACGAGUGUCCAGAACUGCAUCGACCUGCUUUCAUACAGCAGUGCAGGAACAAGUGUGAACUCACCGAGCCCACCGAUAAUCCAGAGGAGUGUAAAGAUGUGAACACAGUGGCGUACUGCCCCCUGGUGGUCAGGUUUAAAUUCUGCAGCCGCCCAUACUUCAGACAGAUGUGCUGCAAGACCUGCCAACAAGGACACUGACCUCCUGGCCUCCUCCUCCUCCUCUCUCUAGUCCCUCUCUAAGCUCUCUCCUGGCUUGGACUGAGCCGGUUUGGCCCCUGAUCUACAUUCCUGCUUACAGAGGGGAAAGAGACUGUGCUGCUGUCUUCCACAAACCAGCUGCUCCGGCACGGUCGCUGUGAACGUCAGAGGGAUAGUCAUGAUUCUUUUAGUGCUCGUUAGCAUGGUGCUAGUUUUUGUUUCUGGAAUAUUCUUCAGUUUCUCUGCACAGGUUCAUGUUUUUAAUUAAUUAUUAUAUAACGGUGCACAAUCACAGGCUUCCUGCACUGGACGUUUCUUCAUUUUCUCUGCUCUGAUUGGACUCAUGGACAGAACGUUAACCAGAGUGAACAUCACAUGUAGCGCAACAAUUAGCACCGAUAGACGCCAGCAGUAGUUCAACGAAAAGAAAUCUAACCGAUUUUUUUUUUACCUCAUAUGUAGUUGAUAAACAAAGCUGUGUGUGUUAUUUGAUCUCUGACAUUCUUUCAUUUAUUUUGUGCCAAAGCUCAAGGCAAAGUAGCAUAGCAUAACAUAAAUAAUUACAGCCUGUGUUUUAAGGUGUUAUUCGAACACCCUGACCCUCUCCCAACGUACGUACACACGUUUCAAACUGGUCGUUUUACGCUGAUGCCUCCCUGAUGAACCCUUCUAUCUCUUUUAAGGCUUGGGACCUGCACUGAGAGUGCACCUCUCAAUGGCUAGGCUGUUUUGGUGACCCUCUCCUUUCUCGGACAUUAGCCAAUCAUGUCCAUGCAGACGCCCAACCGGCUGAUAGCACCUUUGAGAUUCAAACCCCAGAUCUUAGCAGUGGAUCUUACUGCUGUGCCACCCGAGCACCAAGACAGAUGAAACUAAUAAUAAGCAAGCUGUCAUUUUAAUGAUUUGGUUCCUUAGGAGAAGUGAGAUGGGGGUCGCGGUGGGGUGCUGAAGCCUUUCAAUGGGCGCACAGUAACACCCUGGAUAGGGCGCCAGUCCAUCGCAGGUAGACACACAUACACACACACACAUUCACCUAUAGGGCAAUUCAGUGUCUCCAGUUAAGCUGACUGCAUGUUUUUGGACUGUGGGAGAAAACCGGAGCUCCCGGAGGAAACCUACGCAGACACGGGGAGAACAUGCAAACUCCACACAGAAAGGACUGUGAGGCGACAGUGCUAGCCACCGUUCCGCCCAAAGUGAGAUUAACACACCUGAUUUAGAGAAACUUACAACUUAGCUACGAUAGAAUCCAAGCAGCUGAGGGUUCGGAGUCUUCCUCAGUCAGCCAACAGUGACCGCUUUAGUGUUGGUGGUGCUGAAACUUCGAACCUUCCAACUAAUCGCUUAGUAUCUUAACAGCUAAUGUAGCGGAGGGGGAUUAUACCCUCCAGAGGAAACACUGGUUGAGGCGGCAAUCAAUGGAAUGUCGUAUUCCGAUAAGAGAACACAAGGCAGAGAGAAGUUAAACUGUUCCUUUAUUACAGUGUUCAAUAGAUAAUAAUCAUACCAAAAUAUAUCAGGACAUAAACAAUACACGCUCUCUUCAUAUAAACAAGAUUAGCCAUAAGAAGCACGCAUUAGAGUUCGUUAUAUCAGCGAUAUUCACAUAUCACAGUCUAUAGACGUUAAGAGAGUGUUGCACAGCACUUUUACUCACUUUAAGUCAAACACGCACAGCAAACAUCCGUGUUAAUAGCAAACUUUCCGGAGAACUAUCAUAGCAUGUUUGGUUUCUUUUCGUGCUUUACAUAUGGUGAAGCCAAGUGACGUCACGGUUGUGUGUGUUCAGGUGAAACCAAUGAACUUUCGUACAUAGCUGCCCCCAAAUGUCGUCCCUGACAUUUGAACGUGGGAGAAAGUCCAGAAGUUGAGGGAGUGGAAUCAACCGGGCCACUGGUCUAAGAUACACCUGACCCUUGCCCUGUACAAUUGCAGUUCUGAUCCGCCCGUCAAAGCCAGGAAACGUCUUAAUUGCCCUCCCCACAUGCCAGGGUGCUCGGGGAAAUCUGGGAUCGACAAUCUGGGAUGGCACGGUGGCUCGGUGGGUAGCACUGUCGCCUCACAGCAAGAAGGUCCUGGGUUCGAUCCCCAGGUGGGGCGGUCCUGGUCCUUUCUGUGUAGAUUUUGCAUGUUCUCCCCGUGUCUGCAUGCUCCGGUUUCCUCCCACAGUCCAAAGACGUGCAAGUGAGGUGAAUUGGAGACACUGAAUUGUCCGUGACUGUGUUUGAUAUUAAACUUGUGAACUGAUGAAUCUUGUGUAAUGAGUAACUAUCGUUCCUGUCAUGAAUGGAACCAAAGUGUAAAACAUGACAAUGACAUGAGCAAAACAACCACAGUUCUCAGAAAACGUUGCACAUGAUGGCAUUUAAUCACUUCCAUCCACUAUAAACCAGUUUAAAUAAGCAUUGGAAUCGUUGUUUACAUGUAGUACUUUAUAUUAAACCUGUUUUUUAUUUUUUAUUUACUGUUGCCGGAUUAGUUAACUUGUUUCCCAGCUAGCUAUUACGGAACCCAGUGUUGAAGACAUAUUUCUGAAAUCAAAUCUAUUGUUGUUGUUUUUGUUUUAAUGUUGAAACAACAAGAAGUACAACAACAUUUUAAUAACAGAUCUGAAAUUAGACAGUUUUAUCGUUCUGCAUUCGAUAAUAUGAUUAUAUGAUAAUAUGAUUCUGCUACUUGUGGUAAAUGUGACAUGUCAGAUUACAAACAUUAUUACCAAAAAUAUAUUAUUCUACACUAGAAGUGUUAUUUUUUCAAGAGAAUCUUAAUAUUUAGUUCUGUUAUUAUACAUGUUCAAUACAAUGACAGAUUUUUAUCUCUGUAUCUGGUGCUGCAGUUUGAUGUGAUGUGACCUGUAUUUUAUAGUUGAAUAAGUUAGCAUGAAUCUAAAACAUCUAUUUGUUCUAUUUUUAAACAGUUGAAUAUGUUUAAGAAGCUAAGCUGGUCGUUUUGUGGUGCUUUAACUGGUGCUAUUUCUGUAUUUUUGUAUUUUUAAUCCUCUCUUCUAAUCCUGAAGUUAUUAUUUUGGUUUUGUGUUUGUUAAGGUUAGCCUCGCGGCUAACACAUUACAGGAACAAAAGUUUGUGUUAUUUUUUACAUGUUUUGUGUAUAAAUAAACGGUGUAUUAUCGUGUUUUAGCAGAUCUGUAACGUAAAAAAAUAUGUAAUUCAUUUUUGUUAACGUUAUUAUUGUAAAGUGUCGGUUUCAUCUGCACUGGUCAGAUUAGGGAAGGUCGGACCAGUUUCAGUGUAACAAACGUUGUGUUGUUGUGUUUUAAUGCUGUUAUGGUAGUUUUAUUUUGUUAGCUGUUUUAUGUACCUGAUGGAGUGUAAGUCCCUAAAUUUUAUUUAGACCAACUAAAACAAUAAUGCGAUAAUAAACUGUUGUGCUUUGUGAUUUAAAA